AUGGGUGGCUCACGCAAACAGCCUGGCAUUGCCAGUGCCACGCCCCCUCCGGAUAUUCGCGAAGGGGGCAGCGAAGGCGCAACCGUUUUGGAGUUUGCGAGCAGACCUCCCCGCUGCGCGAACUGCCUUCCCCGCGAGCUGGGAAAGAUGCCAGAACAGAGACCGGAGGGCACAGAUGGCUCCGACCAUCUGUUCCGGAUGUUGAUUGAAGACCGCUACCACAGAUUGGCCAUUCUCAAGAAGUUUAACAGGAUCUUCUUCUAUUGCAAUAUCGUGUUGAUGGUGUUGAUGAGCGCCUGGCAUCUCAUUCCACUCCUGGAAGGGCAACCUUACCCCAAGUGGGCACAGAUCCUGCUGGCUUUGGAAGUAACAGCUGUGGUCUUUUGGUAUAUAUCUGAGCCUGGAACUGGCAGAGAGAAGCUGAGGAGGCUCAAACUGUAUGGCUUCCUCACAGCUGUGGUGUGUGCUGAGCACCUGCUCACCAGGUUGACCUACCAUGGGAAAAUUAAGAUCCAUGAACAUGACCAGUACCCUAAAGUGGCCUCAAGAUAUCUUGCAGCAAACUACGAAGUUGAUCGAGUCUUUGCCCAAAACUUCCUCACGGCCGUGGAGGCAUCCUUGGACACACUGGUGUUUGUUUCGCUCCUAUUGGCCUCACUGGUGUGCCGGAACUACAUCCUGGAGAGGCGGGCACCACAAACUGUGGAAGAGGAGAAGAAGGCGCUUUAG